UUUUGCUUUGGCAAUUUUCAAUUCAGUUUUGCUUCCUCAAAGAAGAAAUUUUUCAAAUCGAGUAUACUGGCUGAUCAAACCUCAACACCGACAAACUGGGAACUUGAUAAGUAAACCGUUUGUUUCGGAUGUAACGACAGAUGAAGAUUAUCUAAUUUGGAGUGGCGUCAAUCAUCAAAAGAACGAGCUAAAAAAAUGUACACCUGAAGCGAAGCAGGAGCCAAGUGAAGCCACGGAUUGUUCUACUGCUGUUAACUUGUGGACUCUUAUCUUAUAGAGGAGAAAACAAGUGGUGAAGUAGUUAUCGGCAACCGAAAAAGUUCUGUAUUCUUCUCAAAAUACAAACAGUAGGUACAGUUUUAUUCCAAAGGCACCAUGGGAUUUGAAUUCGGAGUAGACCACUGUCAAAACAUCAAAGCACCCUUCGUUUUAUCCAUCACCUCGUUGGUUGUUACCAGUCUCCUCACCAUCAUCACAUUACCAGGCAACCUACUCAUCUGUAUUGCGAUGAUGAGGAAUCCAAAUAAGGAACUGAGGACAACGUUCAAUUAUUUGUUGCUCAAUGUUGCUGUAUCGGAUCUCGUCAUUGGUGCGGUCACUGAUCCAAUAUUUGUGUCAUUCCAUACAAGAGAAAGCCUUGGUUAUUCAGUUACAGCUUGGUACAUUCCCCUACACAUGUCAUUCUUCAUCGGAUGCACUGCCUCACUUUUGAGUAUCGCCAUGUUAGCAGUGGAGCGCUCCAUCGCAGUCGAGUCAAACUACCACAGAAAAAUACAGAAAGGUCGAGUGAUGAAGAUGUCCAUCGCCAUCUGGAUAUUCUCAGUAGUAUUCCCCUGUAUCUACUUUAAAAUCGGGUAUUUCAAGACAGCCUUCACUUUCUCCAUCUUCAUGGUAGUUGUCACUUCUGUAAUAGUGACGGCGUUCAUCCGUAUUCAAAGCAAAUUACGACGUAACAAGGUCGUGGUGGAAGAGCCCAACGACGUCAAUAACAGCAGGAGGCAGAUAAAAAGGAAGCGAGCGGCUUACGAGCGUCGUGUUACAAACAUAUUCAAAGCGAUUCUCGUUUAUUAUGGGGUUUGUAACCUUCCUGCAUUCGUGUUCAUCAUGAUCACCAACCUUUGCUCCUCCUGCGAAUGUGACGUAAUUCACUGGUCACGUGACUUUCUUCAAGUGUGUAUCCUGAUCAAUUGCUGUGGCAAUCAGUUCCUGUACGCUUGGAGAAUGAGAUGCUUCAUCCGUGCUUUUAAAUCACUGGUGAACAAAUCUGUGUCCACUGAUGAAUCGAAUCACCAUCAUUCGGAUCAUCAUCAUUCUGAUCAUCAUCAUAUUGGUAAAGAUGAGCCUGUGAACCAAUGAAUCGCAACUGUCCUCCUGUUACUAGCUAACUACCUUCCACACGACUGGCCAAUCAAAGCGAGUGAUCAUUUUCGUUCCCAGACGGUACUCAAUAGCCAAAUCGUAGGCUCUGGGAAACCCUACUGACCGGAUGCCAGAAACUUGCGACCAGGUUAUCAAAGCGCAUGCUCUUUCUCAGGCUUGGAGUGAAAUGCUGGCUCAACCUUUCUAACGGCUUGUUUACGUCUUCUAAUUUGUAAAAAGUUAAUAUGCUCGAAAAUGAAAUAAGGAUUCGAUUCAAGCUUCGAAGAUAUAUAUAACCGUUUUGUCGAUUUGGCUGGCUUGGUUUCUGUUGGUAUGUUUGUUUAUCCGGUUGACCAAUCAGAGUUCGUUGAUAUGUUUUUCUCGAAAGCCAAUGAAAUUCGAUAGAAUUUCAGGGUAUACUAGAGCCUCCGAGGUUCGCUAUGAGGAGGCUCUGGGUAUGAGAAUGAGCAAUGAUUUGGAAGACAAGUGAUUGUCAAAAUAAGCAACCGACCAUGCCAGUGACAUUCAGAGGCCGUCAGUGAUCUGCCAAGACAAGUGUUUGUAACUAAAUGAGUGAUCAUAUCAGUACACACGGGUGCUUUCAUCCUAC